AUGUCUGCGGGCCCAGGUCCGCCGGUUUCGGUCCCAGGCCGUUUUCACAAAGGGGAGGUUUACCAAAGGGCCGAGAAUUCGCUUUGCGGCGGAGACGCCGCUGCGGCUGCCGCGGCGCCGUCUUUUUUGAGGCGCGGGCGGUCGGCCAGACCGGUGCCUUUCGGAUCUCCCCAGCUGCAGCUGCCGCAGCGCCGCCUUUUUGUUGAGGCGCGGGCGGUCGUCGCAGGCCUCGAGGUGGACACCAGCACCAGCAUCGGCGGCGUGCCUCCACGGAGGAGGAGGAGGAGAGGGAUCGUCUCCCCCCUGUGGAGGGCUCCCCCCCUCUGUGCUGGGCGUUGGUGCCCCUUGCCAGGCCUCCGAGGUCGGCGCUACCGGCGGGCGGCCCCCGGGACUCGGCCGGCCGAUCCAGUCGCUUUUCUGGCGGCACUCCGGCGUGCCCCUGCCUGCGGCGGCGGGCCGCGGCGGUUGGCCGCGGCGCGCGGCCGCCCCGUGCGGAGGCUGUCCAUGACGACGGUUCUCCCGGGCUGCUGCCAAGGCUCCCCUGCGCCCCACGCCUGCCGCGGCGCCCGCGGCAGCGGCUCGAGCAGCGGCAGCGGCAGCGCGGGCGCGGAGGCCGCCGUGGCGCAGAGGCUGGACAGGCUGGAGAAGCUGUUGGAGGAGCUCUGCCGGGGCAAGGCCGAGAUGCGAGCGGAGGUCACUAAGGAGCAACUGUCAGCCAUUCUAAAGGAGCAGCUGACAAGUCACAGAAGCGUUCUGAAGGAGCAGUUGUCAGGCGACCGCCGCCUGUGGCAGCCAGAGACUGCGGAGAGGCUCCACGAGAAGGUGCUGCGGCUGGAGGCCAUGGUCGCCGAACCGCUGAUGAGGAUCGAGCGCGACGUCGAGAGCUUCGUCGGGAGGCUGAAGAUCAGAGGCCACUCCGUGGUGAACAAGUGGAGCGUUGCUGCCGGACUUGCCGCGCUCGCCGUCGGGUACGUGGGGCGUCACAUCAUUCGGCGCGCGGCGUCGUCGGGCGGUGCGGGCGGCUACGCGGCCUUGUGCGGCGGGGUCAUCGAUCAAGCUCACAAGGAGCGCGACCAGUGCGUCGGUCAGCCCGCCUGUCCUUGCUCCAUGGGGAGCCAGUGGUUCUACGGGGUGGUGGCCGACGAGACUGCAGAGCUGGGCAAGGCCGUGAUGGAGAAGAACACCGAGAACAUAGUCCACACGCUGAACGCUAUCGCGCGGGAUCCUGAAACGCUGGCCGCACUGGUCGCGCUCCUUGUGAGCUUGAUCGAUGACCCCGCCGCACAAGGCAAGCUGUUGCAGCUGUUGCGGGACCUGUUCGUCGCCGAGUCCACUCGCAAGGCGCUGCUGGAUCUACUGGUAUGGGUCUUCCAGGACGAGUACCUGUGCAGACUCACUGGGGAGUUCCUGCUUUAUUCGCUCGACAAGGACACCACACGCCCGAUGCUCGAGCGACAACUGGCAGCACUCGUCUCCGCCACGGCCCUCGACCGCAAGGUGCAGCAGGACGCCGGCGUCUUCGCCAACCAGUCCCUGAAGGACGCCCUGCUGCCCCGCUGGCUGCGGCACCAGGCCGCAGCGGCGGCACAGGCGGAGUGA